CGCAACGUUUCAGCGGGCCAUGAAUAUGGCCUUCGCUGAGUUUGUUAACAAAACCCGAUUGACCCAGCCCCUGAUCAAUUUCUGCGUGAUUGUGUACAUGGAUGAUAUUUUGGUCUUUUCUAAAACACACGAGUACCACGUGGAACACAUUGAGUGGGUUUUGCAUGCACUAAAGGAUGCGGGGUUCAAAGUGGCCUUGGAGAAAAGCGAGUUCUUCUUGUUGGAGAUCUCAUUGUUGGGGUACAUCGUCAUGGUCGAUGGACUAAAACCGGAUCCAAGGAAGGUGGCAGCAGUUCAAGAAGCCCCGACGCCGGUCACACUCACCCAGGUUCGGGCUUUUCUAGGGCUGGCAUCCUAUUACCGACGCUUCAUCAAGGGGUUCGCCGGUAUAGUGAAGCCCCUCACGAACCUGCUGAAGAAAGAGGAACAGCUGAUCUGGACGCCGGAAUGCGAAGUGGAGUUUCAGGCAUUGAAGGAGGCUCUGACAUCUGCUCCUGUGUUGGCGCGUGCUGACCCGACAAGACCGUUCGCACUGUACACCGACUGGCAGCCUCAGGCGAUAUCGACGGUGCUGACUCAGCACGGGGCGGACGGAAGGGAACACGUCAUUGAGUAUGCGUCCAAGACGCUGAGCCAGGCGCAGGCUAAUUACGAAGCAUGCAAAGGCGAAUGCCUGGCGGUGGUGUGGGGGAUCCAACAUUUCCGACCGUAUCUUUACGACCACAAUUUCGUGUUGAUAAUGGAUCAUCAGCCGUUGCUGUCCCUACGCAACAACACGGACUACACGGGGACGUUGGGCAGGUGGGCGGUGCUUUUGCAAGACUAUGACUUCGACAUCCGCCACCGUGCCACGCGGCAGCAUGGUAAAGCCGAUGGAUUGACGCGCCUCCUGCCGCCCAACAAGUGUCCCGCCAACGAGCGACUCAUUCCGUGGAGGCCAGAAGUCGCGGCGACGAAACCACACUACGGGGAGCUACACCUCACGGAGGGCCCUUAUCCCAUGCGCGAGUUCUCGGAGUAUUUGGUGGAGCUAACUGACGUGGAGCCGCUGCCCUUCGCCGACGAAGACGCGUGGGAGUUGCACUGUGCACUGUACAAGUCGGUGGCGCUGGGGAUGUUCCGGUUCUUCGUGGAUCACGAAGACCACUGCAUCGGGGAGCACUUCGUCGUCUACUACGUCAUCACGUGGCCCAAGCCAGCGGAGAAGGAAGGGACGGUGGCGCUGUACCCAUUCGCCCAGAUCCAGACGAUCGAUCCGGGAUUGUUGGAGCUCAUAUAUCUUGAGCUCCUCUCUAUUGCGCAAGUGAUCACGAGCGAGGAGGAGGAGAUCCAACCACGAUUAUGGACGGCGACGGCCCCGCGGAGAACGUACAACGCGGUCGUCAUCCCGGAUUACAUUGCGCAGCGCGCAGAGAGGUUGGAGGACUUCCCAGAGGAAAAGCCGUUGCGGCCUCCCUCGUUGUAUCCCCGACCGGCACCACCGAAGGCCCCCAAGAAGACGCCGAAGAGGAAGAGACGCCACCCGUCGCCAGGAGCGCAAGGCAGCAGGAUCGGUGGCGGCGAGGAGGUGAUUCAGCCUGCUCGUACGCGGAAUCCUGACCCCGUACCUGGGAGUGCGGCGACGCUCGUUAAGGAGACUGUCGUGCCAUCGCCGCCCUUUCCGCGUGUGCCCGAUCUCAAUCUUGAUGGAGCCGGGCCAUCAUCAGCAGCAGCAGCGGGAGGAGGAAGCCGAAUGGGAUUUUCGGAUCCCAUAUCCAGACCCUCCGUCCUCGUGGGACCUCUCCAGGUGGACUUCAUGGUGGAGCCCGCUAGCAUCAGGCUCGAGGCCAUCGCGGGGGCGUCGCGCCCUGAUCCGGCAUGGGAGCCAUAUCUGACACCCCCUUUUCAAGGGUGUAUUGCGGCGCGAUUGGCUGGGACGCUCAUCUACGAGACCGGGCAGCGUCCCAAUGCGAUGUACCACUUCCUUGUCUUCGCGGCGCAGAAGUGGGAGCGGCGGCCUUACACUGAGACUCAUGUGGUGAUGACGGGUCCAGGGCCCCGAUCGGUGCGCAAGCGGGUGGUGCGAGAGGUGGCGGAUCUGGCGCCACGUGUCCUGUCUCAUGUGCCGGGGGCUUUCCUCUAUCCCUCGUUCAUGCAACACCACUUCCAGGAGGAAGAUGCGCCGACGACUCCCGCGGCGAUGGCCGCUUUUCUUCCGCCUAUUCUGCCCACUCUCAAUCCCGACAUAGAUCACUUCCUCUGAUCACCCUCGUCUACCUCUCCCCUGUUCUCUCCUUCUUCUUCACUUUAUAGUCUUCUUCUCCUAUCUCCCAAAGUUCGCGCGUCGAGACGCGCUGUGUAAAAAAAAUAAAUAAAUUUAAAAAAAAAAAAUAAAAAAAAAUUGAGAACUACUUACCGAUCGGGCCAGCUGAUGAUGAAGGGGCCGCCCGAUCGGAUGUAUACUAUGGGAGGAGGCGAUGGAGGAUGCAGUAUGCAUCCACGUAGAUUAGGAAGAUGAUCGGGCCAGCUGACAAUGAAGAGGCCGCCCGAUC